ACAAACUAACAGUUAAAUGAACGUUAUCCAGUUUUACGACAAAUUUCCACCAACUUCUUCACUCUUCCAAUUAAUAUAAUAAUCCGCCGUCGUUUUCAUGUUUCUUUUCUUUAUAAAAGAAACGAUCCGUAAAUGACUCCUUUUGUGGAGAUUUAAGAAUAUGGGAGACGAUGAUGAACAUAAUAGUAGCAGUGAUGAAGGAAGGAAAGAGGUGGAUAUUUACCCUUUAAGUUGUUACUAUUUUGGAUCUAAAGAAGCCAUUGUUUUCAAGGAUGAAACGGUGUCGGAUCGUAUUACUAGGAUGAAAUCCAAUUAUGCUGUUUAUGGAUUGAGGACAUCGGUAGAAGCUGUUCUUCUGGUGGAGUUGUUCAAACACCCUCAUUUGUUGCUGCUCCAACUUAAUAACUCCAUCUUUAAGCUUCCUGGUGGUCGUUUAAGGCCAGGUGAAUCAGAUAUUGAUGGACUAAGACGUAAGCUUUCCAACAAGCUUUCCCCGAGCAGGGAUGGCAACGAAACAGAAUGGGAGAUGGGAGAGUGUCUAGGCAUGUGGUGGCGACAUGAUUUCGAAACACUGUUGUGUCCCUACUUGCCACCCACUGUUAAAAAGCCCAAGGAGUGCACCAAACUCUUUCUUGUCCGGUUGCCGGAGAGUCGGAAAUUUAUCGUACCCGAAAACCUAAAAUUGCUUGCGGUUCCGUUGUCCCAGGUUCAUGAAAAUCACAAGACAUAUGGACCGGUAAUAUCAGGAGUGCCACAAUUGCUGUCCAAAUACUCCAUCAACAUUAUUGAUAUUUAGAAUAUGAAUAUAUAGGAACAAAAUUAUAAAGGCAUUAUAGGUACAGCAACUGCUAUAAGUUUUUUUGUAAUUAUCAUGAAAAUACAAAAAAAAAAAAACACUUGUGUUUGUGUGUGUGUAUAUAUAUAUAUAUAUAAUAGUUUUAUAUUACAAAAGGAAAUACAUAACAUUAAGCUCAAACUAUACUAAUUUUUGAUGUUCAUGUAUAUUGUUUUAAUUGGCUUGAUUUAAAAAAAAAUUUAUAUUGUCAAUGAGAGUCUUGGGAGAAUCGGUAAAGAUGAAAGUUUUGGGUCCUAAAUAGUUAGAUCUCAAAAUUCACUAUGCACAAUUAAAUAUGUAGGCCUCUGAAUUCCAUCAUAAGUUGUUGCCGUGUGUGGGUAUUAGUUUAGUUAAUCAGUUUGUAGUUUAGAUUGUUCCGGUUUGUAAUUUAUUUGUGUUGUAAUAAUUUAAUUAUUUAUCUAAGUUUUUAAUUUGUUUGUGUUAUAAUAA